AGGUUCCAUGCGUGUUUGUCUUUCCAUUUCUAGAAUUUGCGAAACAAAACCUAACAGCAAGCAAAGGUUAUUUUCCAUUCCAUUAUAACAAUUUGAGGUUCGAAAACUGUACCCAUCUUUGGUAUAGUGUUUGUGUCUUGACGAUGGCGACGCAACUGAGUGAUCCCGAACUCAUAGCCAGCUUGCAAGCCAGGGUCAAGGAAUUACAAGCUGAGAAUGCAAAGCUACUAUCUCAACUUGCUGAUUGCCACAGUCAUGAGAUGGAGAAAAAAUUAUUUGGCCCAGAUGAGAAAGGCGUGGAAUCAGACAAAGGCAACAGGAAAUCUGAAGAGAAGAUAAAGAAUAUGCCAGGCUAUAACACAAGGUUUAUGAGUCAUCAUAGCAAGAGAUAUGUAGCUUUAAAAGUCAUGUACUUUGGAAAAAGGUUCUAUGGUUUUGCUUCAGAGGCACAAAUGGAACCAACUGUUGAGUCUGAACUUUUUAAAGCUCUUGAGAAAACAAGACUAUUGGUUGGUGAUAAGAAGGAGUCACAAUAUUCAAGAUGUGGUAGAACAGACAAAGGGGUUUCUGCUGUUGGACAAGUGAUAGCUCUUUUCCUAAGAUCAAACUGCAAGAUAUCUGCAACAGAUAAUGGAAAAUCUGGAGUUGCUGCUUUAGAUGAGCAAUAUGAAGGGGAAAUUGAUUAUGUGAGGGUGCUAAAUCGAGUCCUUCCAAAUGAUAUUCGAAUUCUGGGCUGGUGUCCUGUUCCUGUUGAUUUCCAUGCAAGGUUCAGCUGCUUAAGCAGGGAGUAUAAAUAUUUCUUUUGGAGAGAAAAUUUGGAUAUCCUGGCUAUGGAGAGUGCUGGAAACAAAUUUAUAGGAGAACAUGACUUUCGAAACUUCUGUAAAAUGGAUGCAGCCAAUGUGCACAACUACAGGCGGCGCAUCACGUUGUUUGAGAUUUCUCCCACAGAUGUGAGGUACAAUGGUAAUCAACUUUGGGUAAUCAAAAUAAGAGGUAGUGCUUUUCUAUGGCAUCAGGUUCGCUGCAUGGUUGCUGUACUAUUCAUGGUUGGCAAAGGUCUUGAAUCUCCAAAUGUGAUUGAUAUGCUACUGGACACCAAUAGGAUCCUAAGGAAACCCCAGUACUCUAUGGCUUCAGAGGUUCCAUUGGUUCUUCAGUCCUGUGAAUUUGACGAUAUUAAGUUUACGUGUUCAUCAGAUGCAGGAGAAGUGCUGCGUGUACACUUGAUGAAUGAAAGCCAAAUUUACCAGCUUCAAGCUGCAAUCUUUCAUGAAGCUCUUCUUAAUUGCGUGCCUCUAUCAAAUGAUCAAAGUUUGCUGCCUUUUCAAGGAACCAAGAAGAAAGUUUCGCAUGUCCCUCUUAUGUCACGACCAACUGAGCCGUCAUAUGAAGAACGCCGUGCCAAAAUCAACUCAAAUACAUGAAGAUUUCACCGGUCAUCUGCAUUAUUUCAUCUGUUUUCAAGGAAAUAGGAUGGUUUUCGCUUAUUCUGGGCUGGCUUCCAUUGAUGGCUGAUUCUUUGAGAUGAGCAAUCUGAAACAGCAGAAUGUGAACGAUCAUGGGAGCUGAGAGAUUGUGUUUGCGACACUCGCAAUUUACAAGUGGAUGAUAUAUAUCAAAUUCUAUUUAUAAUAGGAUUUUUUAAAUUAUCUUUUGGGUUUCUGAAAAAGUAAUGAUUUUUAUUGUUCAUAAUCACUAAAUAUUAUAUAUGAUAUGAUAUCCAAACU